GAUGGCGUUGCAGGCGGCGGCUCUCUUGCUGCUCGGCCUGGGGCUGGUGGCCGCGCAGACAGGGCAGGUGCCCUUGCUGGCCUGGUCUAGCCGCAGCUCCUUAUGGUCCCCCUCGGCAGCCCCACACGAGGGGCACGUGGUGACAGAAACUCAGCUUGCAGCUUUGCUGGACUCGGCACUAGACGGUGGACCUCGCAAUGUCCUGCUCUUCCUUCAGGAGAAACUCAGCAUUGAGGAUUUUACAGCCUAUGGAGGGGUUUUUGGGAACAAGCCAGACAGCGCCUUCCCCAAUUUGGAGAAUGCACUAGGGGCUGCUCCCUCCUCCUUGGUCCUUCCCUCUGUGGACUGGUUUGCAGCCAGUGCUGUCCCGGCCUUUUUGAAGGCCAAGCUGGGCAUCUCGCCUCUCCACGUGGAUCAGAACACCCUCCAGGAACUGCGGCUCAACGCCAGCCUGCCGUCCCUACUGUUGAUACGACUGCCGUAUACCACUGGCUCUAGUCUCAUGGCCCCGAAAGAAGUUCUGACCAGCAACGAUGAAAUCCUGGGACAGGUUUUGAGUGCCCUGCAAUCGGAGGACGUCCCCUAUACAGCCAUCCUGACCGCUUUGCGGCCCUCCCGGGUUGUCCGGGACGUGUCUGAUCUGGCCCCCGAGAGGCUGGGCCGGCAGCUGCUCCAGAAGGAUACUGUGGUUGCGCCAGUUCGUUUCCCUGCCACUGGGACCCCUCAGAUCCUCUUCUGGGCCAGCAACGUCUCGGUGGCUAUUAAUGACACGUGGCACGACCUUACUAACCUCACGUUUGGGGAUAGAGCCGUUGUCGACGUGGAGGAGUCCAGCUGGAGUGCCAAUGCUUCUGAGUUGGUACUGAAGUAUCCCGAUGUGGGUGGGAAAUCUUUGACAAUCAUAUUCCGCAUGACAAACAUCUUCUACCCAGUUUCUGCACGGCAUUGGUUUACCAUCCACACUGUGGAGCUGGUCAGGCCUUCAAACCCACCAGCUAUCUUCAAUGCCACUCAGGUCACGGCACCCAGCAACUAUUCUUUCAGCUGUGCCCACGUCAGCAGUCUGCCAGCCUCAGAGGCCAUCUUGGUACCCAGCAGCAACACCAGCCACUGGAAGGUGCUGUUCACGAACUUCCAGAUCCAGAGCUACAAUGUGACAAGUGAAAAGUUCUCCUAUGCCAGCGACUGUGCCGGCUUCUUCUCUCCUGGAAUCUGGAUGGGUUUAUUGACCUCCCUACUUCUCGUUGCCAUUUUCACCUAUGGCCUCCACAUGGUCAUGAGCCUCAAGACCAUGGACCGUUUCGACGACCCCAAGGGACCUACCAUCUCUGUUCCUCAGACAGAGUAGCCACCAGAUCGUGUACUCCCUGCCUUUGGGAGCCUUCUUACAAUGCUGGGCUUUGUUCCGUUCAUUCCAUCUGCCAUCAGAUCUUCCCCACCCUCAGCACAAUGCGUUAAAUCCUGUAUUGGUCCCAGUUUCUCACCCUUUUCGCCCUUCUGCUUCCCCACUAACUUUCCCUGAUUGUUUUGUUUCGCCUCUAAUCCUUUCUAGCUCCCCCAACCUAAACCUACCAUGGGGACAUGCUGUAAACAAGUGGGAGGUAUAGUUUUCCUGCUGGAUGGAGGUGCACGUGUUGCAGUGUUGAGACUAUCUGCGCUAAAAUUUACUGAGGACAAAUCUCUUCAGGGACGCACUGUCAUUCCCGCUUCAAUUUCCAGUGGGAUAAAAGCAGGCCUGCCUUGUGAUGUGAUGUACAUUCUUUCCCAGUUUGUUGUGUUAAAUGUCUUCUUAACUUGCCCCUUCCCCAAAUCCUUUUUGGCAACCUUUGUGUUGUGUUCUAAGUGGUUCUCCUCCCUCCCUGCCUUAUUUAUUUACGUGGUUCCUGUGAUUAGUUCUGUUUACAGUGACUCAGUAUUUGGGACUCCAUGCUGCUCUUGAUCAGGGGUGGGAGGGGUUCCUGACUUAUGACCCCUUGCUGUUCUAUUAACUUGAAAGACAUGAAUAAAAAAGAAAGACAAA